AUGACCCUCCGAAUCGGCGUCCUCCUAGUAGACACCGUCCAACUCCUCGACCUAGCCGCAAUCGACCUCCUCUACAUGACAACACCCGAAUACCUUCAAGAAUGCUCUCUCCCCCAACCACUAGUAGACAUGGGACGACCCUGCUCGAUACAUUACAUCGCAAACACAGUUAAAGGAGAAAACACCGUCAACACGACCUCUCAAAUGACAGUCCAAUUGACAAAUUCCCCCACGGACUCCGCCGUUUCCCCCGGAAAAUUGGAUAUAGUGGUAAUCCCCGGUCCACCGCCAAAAGCGAUGCCACCAGCAGAAGAAUAUCUGAAUUUUGUGCGGGGACAUUUCGCGGCCGGAACGCCGAUUCUGAGUAUCUGCACUGGUGCAUUCGUUAUUGGGUAUGCAGGGAUUACGAGGGGGAGGGAAGUUACAGCGCCGCGACUUUUAAUUCCGGAGAUGAAGAGGAAGUUUCCGGAGGCGAAGGUGUGGGAUGAUUCGGUUAGGGUUGCUAGGGAUGGGAAUUUGUGGACUAGUGGUGGAAUUACAAAUGGACAUGAUUUGGUCAUUGCGUACUUGCGUGAACAUUAUUCUGCCGCGCUGGUGAAUACUAUCCUCGUUGCGGCGGAUAUUCCUGUUCGACCGGCGAAGUAUGCUAGUUCUGCUACGAGUGAUACGGCGUAUGUGUUGUGGCAGGUUAUUAGAGCAAUCCCGAAUGCUUUGGGUCGGUUGCUUGGUGGGAAGUGA